AUUUAAAUCUAAUGGCGUCUGUUCGACAAAUAUAAAGGAUUUUAAAGUUUAAAAAUUUGGAUUUAAUAUCUGUGCUAUUCGAUAAGAUGACACGUAUUAGUACUAAAGAAAUCAAUUCAUGAAUAAUGAAGAACAUAUUCAUCCUUUGGUUCGUCUCUCAGGCGUUGUCCUUCAGCGAAGCAUACAACUUUUCUUGUCCAUCCCAGGCACACAGGAAUCUUCGGGCCAAAGCUAUCUGUAAUCGGCCAAUAGAUUAUACCUGUUUAUACAAUGUGACAUUCCAAGUUAAUGUAUACGUGGAUGAAUGUGGUACAAACAGAAUUUUAUAUCCUGGUUACAAAUACGUCUUUCAACCGAACUUGAAUAGAGCAACAUGCAGGGAUAUACGAUAUCAGCCUUUUGUUUUUGAUACGGGUUUGUUCAGUGACUGCGCCUUUCUAAAAUCUUUUUGCAACAGCGAAGGUCAGACGACGUAUGAAAUUGGAAACAUGACGUCCGACAGAACAUGUAUAUGUGAUACUUAUAACGGAUAUACUUAUGUGAAGAACCUGAAAAACCAAAGUUACUGUAAUCCCUCAAAAGAAGAUUGUUCCUGCUAUGUCGGAAUUCGUUCGAACAACAAACCAAACUGCUCGGAAGAUUCUAAAUGCUCAGUUGAAAUGAAUAUUAUUACAAACCGCUCAUUGAAAGAUGCCUAUGAUAAAUCGAAGGCAAUAAGGAUUAUUGAGUUUGACAACUAUAGAUACAAUCUAGCUUUUCCAACAAAUCGUACAAAGGCAUCUAAAGCUGUCCUGCUAUUACUUAUAUUCUUACAUCUCGUAUUUUUGGGGAUCUACAUUUCAAACAGAAUUUGUCGACAACAUCACCAAACCUAUAAUAUACCAUCAGCUAUACAAGUAAUGUCCGAGAAAGAUAGAAAUAAAUUCAAACAGCUAAUGUCAAGUUCAAAGACAGAAAAACGUUAUUUCCUAAGAAUAAUGAUCGUUGGGAAGGAAACAGUCGGCAAAACAUGCUUAUUAAAGAGAUUAUUAAAAGAAAGUAUUUUUGGAGUAAAAAGUACAGAUGGUGUUGAAAUUAUUGUUCGUCAGUGCAAAAUCAACAUACAAGAUGGUAAAUGGAUAAUCGGCAAAGAUAAAGGGGAUGAAAAGAAAGACCGAAUCAACAGAGCACUAGCAACACCCGAAAGAAUGGACGAAGAGAAUGGGAUAUUUUCUCAUAGCAUUGAGAACCCCAAAAUUAUUUCACCCAGAUUGGUAAAAUUUCAGGGGGGUAAAAGUAAUGAAACUGAUUUUGUUAAGAGUAAAUAUAGUACAACCAAAGCUUCUAAAAUUGAGCACAUAAAAUCGAACGAAGAUAACAUCAAUAUGAAGGACAUGAUCAAUCAACAGAAUCAUGAAGACGGGAUGCUAAAAUCAUCUAAAACAAAUGAUAAUGUCAAAACAGGAAGAAGUAAUAAUGAUGCUGAUAAAAUGCCUCGACAUUCUGUUUUUAAUACUGGUUAUAAUGCAUCAUUAAAGAAAAAUUAUGAGAACGAUAAGACAGAAAAGAAAAACGAUUCAAAUGUAACACAAAUAAACACAAAAAGUCAUUCAAUUGAAAGUUCAAAGAAGAAUACAGCAUAUUCAUUGGAAAUGCCCCCUAACAUAAUGUCUGAUGUGUUAUCCUGUUCAUCCUCUAGUGACUCUUCAAAUAAUUGUCACUAUGCAUCAUGUGGCUUAUGGGACUUUGCUGGUCAACGUGAAUUUUAUGCUACCCAUCAGGCAUUUUUAACCAGUAGUGCAAUUUAUAUUUUGGUGACGGACAUGGAUGCAGAUAUCGAGAAGCAUGGUAUACAUCAGCACUUUGCAGAGUAUAAAAAUGUUGGAGAGUAUGUUGAUUUUUGGUUUGAUAGUAUACAUUGUUAUCGAACAGUCGAACAAACAAAAAAUGAACCAACGGAUCCUCCUGUCAUUUUAGUUUUUACUGGUAAAGAUAAGUAUAAAAAGGCAACGUUCAGAGAAAGAAGAGAAAAACUUAAUGAGCAGUUAAUAAAAGUCAUUGCGGGACAGAAUAAAUUUCAUCAUUUUCGACACAAAUGUUUUUUAUCAAAUACUGAAGAUCCUGACGAAUAUUUCGAAGAUUUACGACGGAAAAUAUCCGACGUUGCACAGAAAAUGCAGAAUUGGGGAGAAUCGAUGCCUCUCAGGUGGAUCCUUUUAGAACAUUUGAUUGACAUCAAUAAGAGUAAAGGAAAGAGUUUCAUUUCACUUAAUGAUAUGAUAAAUAUAGCUAAACAUCCUGAAAUUGCAAUAUCUGAUACCGAGGAAUUGUUAUUGUUCCUUCGUUUUCAAAAUGAAGUCGGUAACAUUAUGUAUUUUGAAGAUAUCAGAAAUCUGAUCAUUCUCGAUCCUCAGUGGUUGGCAAAUGCUUUUCGAUGUUUAGUGUCAAAUAAUCUUGACGUAAAUGAUGUAAGCGCUAACGUCUGUUAUGAUUUGACAAGGUUAAGAAAAACAGGUGAACUGAGCUAUCUUCUACUUAGAACACUCUUCGAAUUAAAAGGUGGAAGUCAGUUUGUAGAGCAAAUGGACGAUUUGAUUGAAGUGAUGAAAAGAUUUGACAUAAUAGUGAAUAUGGAGGACACAGACUCUUAUAUUAUGCCAAGUAUGAUGCCGAUUUCUUCGUUCGAAACUGUUUGCAACGACAUCGGCAUAUUUGCCGAAAAGUGUCAAAGAAGUUCCUGGUUUUGUCUUAAAUUUUCGUUUCUCCCACCAGCAUUUUUUAAUCAUUUAUCAGCAUGGUUAAUACAAAAAUAUAAACCCAGCGGAAUGAGAGAUGAUAGUGAAGCGCUUGCGUUAUUCAGAGGAAUUUGUGUUUUUAAUUUUGACGAAUUAGGUUGUGAUAAACUUUUGAUGACAAUGUCAACUGAUACAAUAGCUCUUCAAGUUGUUUCGUUUACGAGUACAAAGAAGGGACUCGGCGACCUCUGUACUGAGGUUCGCAAAGAAUUGAUUAGACAUAUUGAUAGCAUAAAAAGGAGAUAUAAAUUAAAUAUAUCUUAUGAACAAAGGUUUAAAUGCAGUGAUGGUCAUUAUCAUAUCAAUACACUUUCCUUCGAAGACAUGAAAAAAGGAAAGUAUAUUCAUUGUUUACAGCAUAAGAGUGUUCAUGAAUGUAGAGGGAUAUAUUUACCUUGGACAAUGGACAUCGUUGAGUUUACUGAAGAGGAAAUCAGCUAUUUGAGAAUUGUUGUAUUGUUACAUGUAGCAGAAGAUGCCGUUAGGAUUGUAUUUGACGAUGAAUUCCAUCCAGAUGCACUCUCCAAAGUGAUUGGUAAAGAAAAACAGAAGAUCAGAAAACAUUUGAAUAGAUUUCAGUGGGAUACCUUGCGCAAUAUGCGUGUCGAUGAAGCGUCGAGCAAAAUGUUUGACUUGCAUAUGAUGUUAUGUUUUUUAAAGAACACAACUGAUCCUUCGAUAGGCAAUGAGUUUGAUCCAUCACACACUUCAAAAUCUUCAGCAUUGUCUCGAAUCUGGUUUUGUAAGACACAAAUGUCGCAAAAUGUCAAUGGCAAACUCGAAAAAGAGGAUUUCAAAUCUUUCUGGAGUACCAUCAACGAGGCGUUUAAGUGGUUAGGACAUCAAAGUCAUAAUUCGCUGACAAUGAAAUGUUUAAGAAUUCGAAACUGCGACUUGGAUGACAGAGGCGAGAUAUCUCCAGAAGAAACUUACCAUUUAAGGAUACUUCAUCUCAUUUUCCGUGGAGCCAGGGAAGUUGUUAAACAACUCUUUGAUGUAGAAUUUCCUCCUUCUUCACUACAAAAGACCAUUGAAUCAAACAGGCAAAAGCUGCAAGAUUUACAAAAACAACGAAAGCUGAUUACUACGUUUCAGAUGGACUUGCUGUUUUCGAACGAAAAAGUCUCGUCCUUCUCGUUAGACAUUAAGACUAUGGUAGCUAUGCUGAAAUAUAUGAAAGACAUGAAUAUAACAGAUGGACUGCCAGAGGACGAUUCAAAUAUCGAUAUUUGUGCAGACCUAUCAAGAAUUUGGUGGUACCGUAGGGAAGUAAUAAACUACAAUACGUUUACAAUAGACCAAUUUGAAGAUCGAUGGAAUAUUUGCAAAGUAAGAUUUUAUCUUAAAUUAAAGGGAUAUGUGAAAAAUAGUUAAUGGUUUUCUAUUUAGUAAAAUAAUAUGACAGUAUGUAUAUAGUACUAUCCUUAUGAUUAAUGAAACACCAUUUUAUUCCAGCGAGGUGGUAUAUAUUUUGAAUUAGUAAUGUUCAGCAAAUCUGUUCGUUUUAUACUAUUAAGCUAUACACAUACACAAUGUGCUUUGGUGCUCCAAGUCUUUGGUGUCUUUUUUAAAGAAAAAUGACAUGUUAUGUUCUUUUUAUCAUAUAUUUCAACAGAAGACAUACUUUUUUAAAACUUUUAAAAAAUGCAUUUAUUAUAUCAUUUGGUUUGCAUUUUUCAAUAAUGUAUUUUCCUAUACCCUAAUAUUUGUGUUUUUUUUAUUCUUCUUAGUUAAAUGUUUCAAUAGAAUGUACCAUUGAGGUGAAUUUUCUGGAAUUUGUAGACUGACAUCGAAAUGCCACACGAUAACUUUACAGAAAGGCAUGAUGCGAUAAUAACCGGAUGCCGUUGAUAUGAAACGGAAGCAGUUGAUAUAAACCGGAAGCAGUUGAUAACAAAAGUCAUAUCACACGGCUAAGACAAUUCUUCAAAUUUAAUGAAUAAAUAUAUGUACAAAUUAGUUUUAUCAAGGGGUACAAUUAUACCAUUAAUUUCUAUAAGUAUAUGAUAAAAAAUAUAUCUUGCGUAUAAAGAUAUGAUAAAAGUGUAACGAUAUGACAUUUAUACAAAGAUAUGACAUAGGUAUAGCGGUAUUUCAUUAAUAUAAAGAUACAAUAAAAGAAUAAAGAUAUAACAAAAGAAUAAAGAUAUUUCAUAAGUAUAAAGAUUUGAUAUAAGUACAAAGAUAUGAUAUAAGUAUAAAGAUAUGACAAAUGUAUAAAGAUAUGACAAAAGUAUAAAGAUGUGACAAAAGUAUAAAGAUAUGACAAAAGUAUAAAGAUAUGACAAAAGUAUAAAGAUAUGACAAAAGUAUAAAGAUAUGACAAAGGUAUAAGAUAUGACAAAAGUAGAAAGAUAUGACUAAAGUAAAAGGUAUGACAAAAGUAUAAAGAUAUGACAAAAGUGUAAAGACAUGACAAAAGUUUAAGAUAUGACAAAAUUAUUAAGACAUGAAAAAAGUUUGAAGGGGCACAAGCUGUCAAAUUCAUGUUCACCGAUUUGACUCAAAUUCUCAUAUUUGAUUUAUAACCAUGUCAAACAUUUAUCAAAUUUUAAAAUGUCUAAAAUAAACAUUUUACAGGGCAUGGGCUAGAUAAUAUGUAGCUUCGUUACGUGUGUAUUUUAGUCUUGAUUCCAUCUAAUGAACUAUCGAGUUGAUCUCUGAAGACCUCUGAUGGUCAUAUAAGCGAUAUAAACAUAAAUAUAAAUAGGAAUAGAAAUAGAAAGCGUACUCGUGCAAUUGGACUUUUUUUAUGUCUGUUUAAUUUCAUACAAUAGAUUAAGAAUAUUCUUUCGUCUCUCUUUUUUAACGCUAUAAUAACGAUAUAAUACAUAAGUAGAUAACUAAAAUUAAGAAAUAAUUCUUUAAUUCUUUCAUGCCAUGGUAUAUGCUUAUUCUAACAUAGGUAGGCAUUAUAUUUGUCAAUAAAUCUAUGUAUUGAGCGUUGGUAAGGUGAUAAGUGUUGACAUAUAUAUAAAGCCUACCCAUGUUAAAAUCCUCAUUUUGUACUAUUUAGAUAGAAAACCCGGCGUAAGUAAUAGUACUUCGGUUCAUUAUAAGCCAAUAUAUUCAACAGUUGUUUGGAAACACAUUGUUCAUCGGAGUUAAACUUACUAGUUUUAGUAAGAGAUGUCAUUUCGAUCUGAUUUGGAGACUAAAAAAUGGCCGCUAUUAGAGCUUCUUGAUUUAAACAGAUGAUUCAUCUUAAUUUCUUCUCUGACAAUAAGUAAUUUUAUGAAUCUUUCCUAUUCUUAUAAAAGUUAUUUAGUCACAUAUAAGAAUGAUUCGUCAAAGAUUUCCUUUGCACCUAUGAGAAUAUUUCAGAAACUGCAUAUUGCUAGCUUUGAAUUAACAAUGUUAACAAAACAACUGAUUGCAUUGCCCGUAGCUGAAAAGGGGAAAAUCCGAAAAAAAGAGCUAGAAACAAUGUGUGUUCAUUGAUUGUAACCAUAUGUGUCUUAUAGAUAAUUUUUCAAUCCGUAACGUUUGUCUUUAUCUUUAUUACUUUGUUGUUUUACAUGCCUUAGUUUUUUAAGAUCUAUUCAAAUUGUUAUAUUUUGUAGGCCGUUAUAAGACUAGGAGGGGAGAUAUAUAUUGAUAUAUGCAAACAACUGAAGACGGCUCCUUUACAUGCCAGAGAACCGUAGACUCGUUGACUGAUAUCACUCGUAAAAGUCUAUUAACUUAAACUGCAGUUUUGACCUGAAGCGAUCUUAGACUUGAAAACUACCUUCUGUGAAUUUUCAAAAGUGUUUUAUCUAUGAAUUCUGUACUGAUCUGAUACUUUAUUUGUGUGAUACAAAGCCUGUAAGUCUAAUAUUGUUCACAAACGGUAAUUCACUAGUGCUAAAUAAAAGAUGAAUCAAUAUUGCCUUCAAAGUAAAGACAAUGACUGGACUAAAUUGAUUUGACAUUAAAGCUUUUAUAUUAUGA